CAGGCAAUGUCAUUCCAUGAAAAGAUUUAAUCAAAAUGGACGUCUCCCCUGUAUCCCGUUUGUUUUGAUUUUCGUGUACGGCGAUUUUUUAAUAUAUUUUUCAUUUUAGCGAUUCGAAUAGACUUUUAAAUAUCUAUUGGUCCUGUUGACGGGUCAAUAAUUUGCGAAUACUGUACAGACGACAAAUGGCUGCGACUACAUUGCCAUCCGGUGAGCCCGCAUCUGAAGACACAUCAUUGUAUCCGAUUGCUGUGCUUAUAGAUGAAUUGAAGAAUGAAGACGUACAGUUACGUUUGAAUUCUAUCAAGAAACUUUCUACAAUUGCUUUAGCACUUGGUGUUGAGCGUACUAGAGUGGAGCUUAUUCCAUUCUUAACUGAAACUAUUUAUGAUGAAGAUGAAGUAUUGUUGGCAUUAGCUGAACAAUUGGGAAAUUUUACCAGUUAUGUUGGAGGACCAGACUUUGCAUAUACGCUAUUGCCUCCUUUGGAAUCAUUGGCUACAGUUGAAGAAACAGUUGUUAGAGAUAAGGCAGUGGAGUCACUGCGUCAAAUAGCAGUAUUGCACUCACCAACUGAUCUUGAAAAUCACUUUGUUAGUCUUGUUAUUCGUUUAGCAUCAGGUGAUUGGUUUACAUCACGUACUUCUGCCUGUGGUUUAUUUUCAGUUUGUUAUUCCCGUGUCAAUCCAAUGAUCAAAUCUGAACUACGCAAUUUUUUCCGUAAUUUGUGUCAAGAUGAUACUCCUAUGGUACGAAGAGCUGCUGCAGGAAAAUUGGGUGAAUUUGCUAAAGUUGUUGAAUUGGAUUCUUUAAAAAAUGAUCUUAUACCCAUGUUUUCAUCACUUGCUCAAGAUGAACAAGAUUCUGUUCGUCUUUUGGCUAUUGAAGCUUGUGUUAGUAUAGCUUCAUUGCUUACACAUGAAGAUGUAAACGAUUUAGUGAUGCCAACUUUGCGCUUAUGUACUUCUGAUAGCUCUUGGAGAGUACGAUAUAUGGUUGCUGAUAAAUUUACUGAGUUACAAAAAGCUGUUGGACCUGAAAUAACUCGUAUUGACUUGGUACCAACUUUUCAAUCAUUGUUACGUGACACUGAGGCUGAAGUGAGAGCAGCAGCUGCCAAUAAAGUGUGUGAUUUUUGUCGUAAUCUUUGUCCUCCUGUUGCUUCUGGUGCUUUAUUAAAUGAUCCAAAUGCUACACAAACUUCAAACGCAGUUGAUUCCAUAAUCAUGACAUCAAUUUUACCUGUCGUUAAAGGACUAGUUGCAGACACUAAUCAACACGUCAAAUCAGCUUUAGCUUCUGUCAUAAUGGGAUUAUCUCCAAUACUUGGAAAACAGAGAACUCUUGAUCAUUUGUUACCACUGUUUUUGACUCAGCUAAAAGAUGAAUGCCCUGAAGUACGUCUUAACAUAAUAUCAAAUUUGGACUGUGUUAAUGAAGUUAUUGGAAUUCAACGGCUUUCUGAAACACUCUUACCUGCUAUUGUUGAACUUGCUGAGGAUCCUAAAUGGCGGGUUCGUUUAGCAAUAAUUGAAUAUAUGCCAUUAUUAGCAAGUCAACUAGGCGUACAGUUCUUUGAUGACAAACUCAAUAGUUUGUGUAUGACUUGGCUUACUGAUCAUGUGUAUGCUAUACGGGAAGCUGCUACAUUAAACUUGAAAAAGUUGGUGGAAAAAUUUGGUGCAGAAUGGGCCCAAACAUCUGUUAUACCAAAAGUCAUAGUCAUGGCAAGAGAUCCAAACUAUUUACAUCGAAUGACUUUCUUAUUUUGCAUUAAUGAGCUUGCUGAAGUAUGUGGUCCAGAAAUAACUGCUAAAACAAUGUUACCAACUGUAUUAUCAAUGGCAAGUGAUAGUGUGGCUAAUGUACGUUUCAAUGUAGCCAAAACACUUCAAAAAAUUGGACCAAUUGUUGCACAAUCUGCUGCUGUGAAAUCUCAAAUUAAACCAGUUUUGGAUAAAUUGAAUACAGAUACAGAUGUAGAUGUUAAAUAUUUUGCUGCAGAAGCUAUGUCAAUAAUUGCGUGUAACUAAUUUUUUUUUUAUUGUUUAUGUAUAUCACUCUUAUCAGCGCCCAAAUUAAUUAUUAUAACAUUGUUACAGCUUAUGCAUUUUUUCCCUUCCCACUUGGCAUAUAAUUUUUUUUUUAACAGUAAUAUAAACAUUAUUAUUAUAUUUUAAUUAUAAUUUUUGUAGAUCAUUUACUUAAAAGCAAACAAUAUUAUAAUUGAAUACAUUUAAGUGAAAUUAUCAUUAUGAGUAGAUAAUAUAAUAUUAAUAUAUAAUGUUUUAAUUUAAAGUUAAAUUUUACAUAUUAGUUCUCAUUGAGAAUUUUUGUUGAUUUUACAGUCUCGACAAAUUUUAAUUUUAACUGCUGUAUUUAUAAAUACCCAAUAGAAACCAUAAUCAACAUGAACAUUAUAUUUACAACUACUAAUUAAUAAUUAUAUGUUAUUUUUAUUUAAAUUGUAUUAAUUUUGUUGUAUGAGUACCUACUAAGUAGUGUCAAAAACUCAAAAUAUCAAACACUUUUCAACUAUUGUCAACAUUCCUAUGUGGAAAAUUGAUUGAAUAUUAUGAAUUUGCUAUAUAUUAUUAUUGUAUAAGUUUAAAUAUUUGAAAAUGUGAAAGUUAUUUCAUAUAACUAAUCUAGAUAAUACAUCAAUCUAGUAAUAUA